AUGUCAGAUCUAAUUAAACUGGUGGGCGCCUUCUUGGCUUCCCCCAGGAGAGAAAGCAGCGUCAGAACAUUGAGCCUUAGGGUCCGCUUGAUCACCAAUCUCUUGUUGGACAUUGGGAAACUAGUUUGCAAUUCUGUCGACAGUGGUAAACUGAAGAACUUGGAGCUUGAGAUUCCAACUGUGAAGAACAUUUAUGAUUCUGAUGAAACGGAUAUGCGGGAGCAUGCGCACAGCCUGAUGUUCUUUUUCGACUCAUCUCCUCGCCUAUUUGGUUGCCUAACAAAACUCUUUUUGUAUAAUGCGAGUUUCACGGAACCAGACAUGCACCGCCUUUUACUUAGCUGUGAGCAACUACAAAAUCUUAAACUCCAUGAUUGUGAUAUUGGAUAUUUAUCAGUACUGAAGAUGGAUCUACCGAACUCAAAACUGCGUGCACUCCAACUCGUUUCAUGCAGUUUUGAGAGGGUUCAGUUAAUCCGCCUUCCGAAAUUGGUUCAGCUACACUGUAAACAUUGGAAUUCGGAAACUUUUCCUGUUUCUUUCAAUUUUGUUCCUUGCCUUGAUGAAGUAAAAUUCUGCACUGCAACAAGUGAUGACACAAGAUUCAAGAUAACUGAACUUCUAGGUGAUACGGCAAAUGUGCAGGUUCUUACUUUGAAUUUCCACGGAGGAAAGAUUUCGAUUGUACCAGAAGGAAAAGAACUUCAAAAUUCCUUCAAGACACUAAGGAAGCUAUUCCUACAUGGGAUCGAUGUGGAAUUGGAUCUCUUAUGGACACUAGUCCUACUUGAGUCUGCACCAUCCGUCCAAAUAUUUGGUAUCAAGGUAUGGAACCAUAUUUGCGGAAAGGACACACAGAGGAGAAAAAUGUGUCCUGAAAGAACAACUGGUUCUUGGAGCACUACAAAGCUUGGUGACGCGACAUCUUUCUUGCAAUUAAAAAGGCUUGAGUUUGGUGGAUUCAAGCAAGUAAAGGAGCAUUUGGAUCUUAUUAGAGCUGUCAUCAAGCGUGCUCCCAACUUGGAGACUCUUCUUUUAGAAGACAAAAAAUACUGCCAGAAAUGUGAAGCAGUUACUAACUCAGUUUGUUCUUCAAAGACAUCAACGUUUUUGAAGAAUGAGGAAGACAUAAUGUGUUCACUUUCUGACGCUGCGCACCCAUCAGGCAUCAGGCUUGUUGUUUGA